AUGUUCAAGCUCUCAGAGCUAGUGCGCUGGCUCGGGCUCACCGAGUUCGAGAUCCUGGUCAACCUGUGCGGCUUGCUGGUUUUCACCAUCACGCUGGCCGUCAAGCUGCAUCUACAGGCCAGAGCCGGUCCCGGUGGCAUCCUGCCGGAGCCCAUGGGUGACUGGUUUACAGUCUUUAGCCCUUUGUUCUUUAUCGACAUUUGCAACGCGUACUUCUGCGUCAUCGUGGGCAUCCGCAUGUACCUAGACUCUAACAACAAGCGAAAAGCCAUGCAUCGCUUCAUGUGGAGCACCUACUUCCUGGUGCUGAUAGCCAUCUUUAAGUACCUGCUCUGCCUUAAGCUUUCCAGCAAGACAGGUCUCGAGUACUCGGAGGUCUUUUCGCCGAUCUUUGUCCUGCUGCAGCUAGUGGCGGUGCGCGCUUGUCAGUUGCCCAACUCCAUAUGAACUAUAGACCUAGCAUAUUCAUAGCCCUAGUAUGAUACUAUACAUACAUAUAUUAUUUCUGAUUUGAUACGAAGAAAGUGUUGAUAUCUUUUAAUGUUUGGGUGAAUCGCAGAUUGGAGUUUAUUUAAAACAAAAAUAUUAUAUCUGAUUUCUUUUAAAUUUUUAAAAUAA